GUUGCUUCACCAUUGAAGAAGAAUUCAAGCAAGAGCAUAGCUUGUGAAGAUGGAGAUGGAGACGGAGACUCAAUCUCAGUUUCAGAUUGACCUUGGCAAUCUCAUGGCCUUCGACCCUCUUCACAACUUUCCUUCCCCUCCCUCCUCCAGGGAGGAGUUGGUGAACGAAUGUCUGAAGAAAGGAACCGAGUUGGUUCAAGCUAUUUCCGACACUCUUUUCAACUUACCUUCUACGGAGGAUGUAGAUGGUCCCCUUGUCAAGUUGCCUCCCCCAGCGACUCGAUUGCCCAGGGAGAAGCCCCUACCAAAGCCUAAACCUCCAACAAAAUGGGAAUUAUUUGCUAAAGCCAGGGGUAUAAAGAAUCGGAAGAAGGAUAAAAUUGUUUAUGAUGAGCAGACUGGUACUUGGAAACGUCGUUAUGGUUAUGACCAUGCAAAUGAUGAAGAUAAAGUACCUAUUAUUGAUGCAAAGAUUACUGAUGAGCCAGGGGAAGACCCUUUUGCUAAAAGACGUGCAGACAAAAAGAAAAAAAUUGAAAAGCAAGAGAAAAAUAGAUCGCAGAACUUGAAAGAAGCGGCCAAAGUUGGUGCUUUGCCAAGCCAUGUUCAACUAGCUGCUACAGCUUUGCCGAUAACCGGAAGCCAGGCUGUACCCAAGAAGUUUAGUAAAGAGGAACUCGGGAAUGUGGCCGGAAUGGCCGCAACCUCGACGGCUAGCGGGGGAAAGUUUGACAAGAAGUUGCCAGGUGAAAAGCCUGCUAAACACAAAGGAAAAUAUCGCAAGUUCCUACCGGUUGUAGAAGGAAAAGGAAUGGUCUCACAAGAGAGAGAGCAAACAGAGAAAGUUCUGAACAAGCUAUUCUCUAAGAAUUCCCAUGAGAUGCUCAAUGUUAACAAGGCGGUCAACAUGUACAACGUGAAGAAAGAGAAGAAAUGGAAAAACAAAGAAGGCAAAUCUUCACCAAGCUCAAGCAAGUUGAAACCAAAUAAGACACUUAAGAAGAAAUCCUUAAAUAAGGGCUCUUCAAAGAAAGGCAAGGCCAAGUGAAAUUAAGCUUACAGCAACAACAGGUGUAAGCUUGUGCGAUUUUGCCAUACACUUUGGAUACCUGAAGGAAGAUGUUCUUGUUUGUUUAUUUCAUAUUUAUUUUUGAUGGAAAAAAUUAGUUUUUGUCCAUUAGUUUCUCUCUGUAUGUGUACUUAAAUUCUCUUACAAGUCAAGUGAUGAGCUAGCCAACCUCUAGAAUCAUUUCCUCUUAUUUUGUUGUCCGAGUUUAGAAUGGCAAGUUUCUAGGGCGUGUCUAGUAGAGCUUCUUGGAAGCUGUUAUUGACUUCCUGUGAGUUAAAUUGUUGUUUCUGCAAGUGUUCGAAUUAUUAGAAGAGCUUUUAUCUCUCAAGAAGAACUUCCAGUUCUAAUCAAAGCCACAAAAAAAUACCACUUAUAGAAAAGUUCUUCUAAAUAAACAAUGAGGUAUCGUUCUCUU